AUGGUGUUCACUAAUCAGAAGCAGUGGUUCAAGUGGAUUCCCCUGGUAGAGUGGUGGUAUAACACCAACUACCAUAAUGCCCUGAAAUCAACACCCUUUCAGGCCCUUUAUGGGUUUCCACCUCCACAAGUUCCCCUAGGGUCUCUCCCUUACCCAUCCAACACACAGGCUGGGGCAUGCAUCGCACAGAGGCAGACCAUACUACAGCAUCUAAAGGAGAAUCUCACACAGGCACAGGCCCGGAUGAAAUUCUAUGCAGAUCGUGCAAGAACAGACAGACAAUUUGAGGAGGGGGACUAUGUUUAUCUCAAACUACAACCCUACAGAGUCAUCUUGCCACAGUGUAUAGGAGCAGUAGCUUACCGGAUUGACCUUCCUCCAGGCUCUCAGAUUCACCCGGUGUUCCAUAUUUCUCAGUUGAAACGAAGAAUAGGACCAACAAUCAUCCCUCAGAUGCAACCUCCGAGUUAUGACGUUGAUGGACGAGUCAGGAUUUAG